AGCCAGCAAAUUUGUAGCGUGUAAUUAGAUUUUUGUAGAUCUCCAUAAAACUACAGCAAAAUGAAAAUGUUCAUCGCACUGUCCGCUCUGAUGGCCGUGGCCGCCGCCGUUGGGGACCACUACGUGGAGCACAAGCACAUUCCGAUCGUGCACAGCGAGUUGGUCCAGAGCAACGACGGUCAAUUCAAGUAUGGAUACGAGUCGGGCAAUGGAAUCGUCGUUCAGGAGGAAGGUCAUGUCAAGAACUUUGGCAGCAAGGAUCACGAGGCCAACGUUGCCCACGGAUCGUACUCGUACAUCGACCCUCAUGGUGUCCCAGUUUCCGUGAGCUACGUUGCCGAUGAGAACGGUUUCCAGGCCCAUGGAUCGCACAUCCCAACGCCACCACCACUACCAAAGGAGCUGGUUGAGGCCUAUGCCAAGGUGGGCAGUCACCCUGAGGCCCACCACGAAGAACCGGAAAGCUACAAGGGUCACUAAGCAGAUCCGGCACCGCAGCAAUGGGUGCCUGCAGGAGAUGUUCUCUCUUCCUCUUAAAAUGAGUAUAUGCCAAAAUGUGAUAGUCUAUCCGAUUGUCAGCCGGAUAGUGCCUAGUGAAAUUGUUUUUGAUAGUUAUAUGGAUUCAAUAGAAAAAAUGUAAAUAAAAAUAUAAUAUUAUACAAAACUCAAA